AUGCUUGCAGCCGAAAAGAGCAAGACCCUAUUUUUCACCGUUCCUCGUGUGGGUGCAACCGAUGUCUCUACCGGUGUUUCCACCGUUGGGAUGCACGGCGCAACCAACGAUGACAGCAACGACGCAACCAACGACGAAAGCAACGGUGUGACCAACGACCACAGCAGCGGCACAAUCAACGUCGAAAGCAUCGCCCUGGCUGACUACAACAAUGUCGAAGACGUGCGAAUGAAACUGGACGCCAUACAACGCAUAUGUGAAAAAGCCAUGGCUACAAGUGCCAACAACGCAUGCAACUCUGGAUUUGUCAACACGGUGUUGCAGUUGCUUACCCCAACAAAGACGUUUAUGGACAAGGUUGACGAAAUUGACAACAUGCGAAAACGCCACCGAACCAACGCCACAACCCGCAACGAACUACGGCGAUAUGAACCGCCUCAUCCUUAA